UGUUCCCAGUUCUACACGCACAUUCAAUAUGUCAGGCGCUAAGAAGCCUCGAUAUGUAGCGAAUCCCAUGGAAUCAGCCAUUACAACACCGAGCGAAAGAAUUCUGAAAGAAUGCCACAGUUUAUAUAUCGACAUCGAAAACGGAUUGGUGAAAAUUGCUGACAGUCUGGGUGUUAGGCUGUUACCUCCUCGGAAAAAGAUUAUAGUUAUGAUCAUGGGAAACCACUCCGCUGGGAAAAGCUCCUUCAUUAACUGGUAUGUGGAGGAGCACAUCCAGAAAACAGGCGUUGCCAUAGAGACACAAGGCUUCACAUUUAUAACCAGUGGCAGGAAAAGAGAAUCACUAACGGGAAAUGCUACGUUACACCUCUAUCCACAUUUCAGACCGUUGCUGGAGUUCAAAGGUGUCACGGAUUACCUGCGUGCUGAGAUUUCCACCUCCAAACAGAAGAAGUUCAGUCUGGUGACAUUUGUGGACACGCCAGGGUUGGUGGAUGGAGAUAUGGUGUACCCUUUUGAUGUCAACAAUGCCAUCACCUCUUUCGGUGAGCAGGCGGACUUGAUCUUUGUAUUUUUUGAUCCGAUGGGGCAGGCGUUGUGCAAACGGACGUUGAACAUUGUUGAGAAGCUAAGUGAGAAGUGUGGAGACAAACUGCGCUUUUACCUAAGCAAAGCUGACGAGGCUGGACGAGAAACAGACAGACAGCGAGUGAUGAUGCAGAUCGUCCAAGAGUUGUGCAGAAGACCUGGACUCAACAAAUGUGGUUUUGAGAUGCCCACAAUAUACAUCCCCAACCCACAAAAGCCCAGCAGGUGUGUCAACCAGAUUGAUGAAGUGUGUGAAACCAUUGAUAAGAGCAUAAACCAGGCAGUGCAGAAGACGCUGGACCAGCUGGAGAAAGACUGUGACCUCAUCAUCUCAACCACCAGCAAUACACUGGAUCAGGACCGGGUAAAUGUGAGCUGUAAUAAAAGCAAUCGUUUUAAUUCCUUCCUGUGUGGACUUCUGGGAGUCUUCCUACCAUUUCUCUUCAUCCUCAGCUUCGUCAUCAGUACUUUUGCUCCAGAGCAACUGGACACUCACGUAGGGGAGGGCCUCGCUAAAACCCUCUAUCUUUCCACAGGAAUAGUUGUGUAUCUAUGGGAUUGGAUCCCUGAAGACUGGCAGAUAUUUUUUGUGAUCACUUUCGGCGCGCUGUGCUACCUUUUGCUCUUUCUGGCCAAAUAUUUUGCACGCCAGGGCAGUAAGACGAUGACUAAGAGAGAGAAGAAGAAACUGGUUGAGUGCAGUGAUUACAUCAAGGAUGUCGUCAAACCCAAAAAGCGGAAACUUUAUGAGGAGUAUCUUCGACAAUGUGCCGCAGAAUAUGACUUCUGAAGAAAACCGACCAAUAUCAGCCGUUGAAAAGCAUUGGUCUCAUUGGUCACAUCAGGACAGUAUGAAUAAAUAAUGUAAAGCACAGCCACAUCUGAAGUGUUGAUAGUUUUGUGUAUGUCUAGGAUAUAUGUAGUGUGUACAUUUGUAACAUGUAUGAGAACAAAUCAGUGCCUUUUUUGUUAAAUGUGAAAAAUUCAGAGCGAACAAAUGACCUCAAACAUGACCUCAGUAUUGUCUCGGUAUUAUCUUACACCAGCUAGUUUUUUUAAUGUGAAACAUAUUUAAUAAUCAGACCUAGAACUGUUAACAGUCAAUAAGCUGCAUUAUUACAGUGACUCUGUGAAAAUUUGAUUGGGUGAAUCUCACAUACAGUAAACAUGAAACAACAAUAUAUAUUAUAUUUUGCAUAAAGAAAUUGAAGCCUGUUUUUUGGACAGUUAAUAUUUUGUGCAUUGCAACAUAUAUUGUAUUUAAAUUUAAAUCGUAAUGUUGCAAUGUGCAUUGCAACAUUAAUUGUAUUUAAAUCGGCAUAAUGUCUCAAUGUAAACAAUUGUGAAAUGGUCCCAAAUAUAGGCUUCAUUUUCCUUAAGUAGAAAUUAAUAACGGUUUAUUGUUUCAACAAGUUUUGUGAGAUUCACACAAUUAUCCUGAGAUAUUAUCUUCUUUUCUGUGACCUUUUGAUCUACAUUUAAGCACUGUGGCAUUUUCUACUGUGGAUCCCCCCCCCCCCCCCAGGUAUUUAUAAAGGUGACAUUUCUACUUUUUAUAAAGUAAUGCAUUCAAAUUAUCUUUCCCGGUGGACACAGAAGAGGCUCUGCAGUUUAAAUCAAAACUGUCUGUAGGUCUUCCUUUCAUUCAUUUGUUUGUUUAUUUACUGUUGCAUGUUUGUCUGUGUAUGUGUAGUUUAUGUGCGAUUUGAAAAUGAUUGUUCAAUGAACUGAAGUGAUGCUGCCUACAUGAAUCAUUGGUAACACGUUGCAAUAAGGUUGUAUUCGUUAACUUUAACUACACUAGUUAACAUGAACUAACAAUGAACAUAUUGUAUACAGCAUUAAUUAAUCUUGGUUAAUGUUCAUUUCAACAUAUACUAAUGCAUUUGUAAAAGUAAAAGUUGUAUAUGUUAACAUUAGUUAAUGCAAUACGAGCUAACAUGAACUAACAGUUGUAGUUUCAUAAAUGUACAUAAACCAAGAUUAAUAAAUGUGUUAAAAAAAAAAAUAUUGUUCAUUGUUAGUUCAUGAUAUCUAAUGCAUUUACUAAUUUUAACAAAUAGAACCUUACUGUAAAGUGUUACCAAAUCAUUUACAACUUAGUUAAAAAAGUUACAAUUUUAGAAUAUUUUUGGGCAUUUUAUGAAUAUUACGAACUUGCAAUACGUAUUUCUUGUUUUGAAUAUGCAUUUGUAGAGUCAUUUAUCUUUACAGUCCAAAUGUAAUGCAGUUGGCCAUUGUCAUACAGGGUGGAACCAAGAACUGGUUUUCAUUUUAUCUUAUUUUUUUGUUGUUGUUGUCCAGCUGUUUAAGGUACAUUUACAGCAAAUGUAAAUUUUAAUAAACAACAGCACUUCUGUGACUUCAAAGAAAGCAUUUGUGCAUUUACCUCAAUGUUGAAAAAAAACACAUUUUAGGAAAUGUAAUCAAUAUUGUUCAUAUUUGUAUCAUAUUUUCACAGUGUUCAGCUACUGUCAAAGUGCUUUUCCAAACAGAUGCCAUGUUCAGCUUAAAGUGAUAGUUCACUAAAAAUCAAAAUUC